AACGAAAAGAAAUGAUCUCUCAUCUCUCGAAGGGCGAGAAAGAAGAGAGAAAAUCAUCGGAGUGGAUUGUCUGCAGCAUCCGGGUGGGGUGGUUAGUUGGGUGGUACGUCGGUCGAUUUUCGUGCGCUUCGACGCAGAACGGAGAGGGCGUGCUGAUCGUUUGCCCCCUUAUAGUAGUGGAGAGUCGCCGAAAACACCACGAGCUCCGGGGGUGUUGAUUGGUCAGUGCGUAACUGGCAACUGUCGGUACAGUUGUGCAGCAUUCAGUGGGCUGCCAGCGGUCGCCCUGGGCACCACCUGCAUGGAUGGAGCCUACUCGUGUACCCAGGGCCCCUGGUCCACGUCUUGUUUUUCUCGUUGCGACGCUAGCCCUCACUUUCGCAGCGACCGGGUUAUUGUGUGGUGCCAUAAUGUCGGAUCACUGGGAAGAAGUUGGCUGGGAUAAGGAGGCUCUAACUCAUGCGAAUGUUACACUCACGUGGUAUUUGGAUGGACAAGUAGCAAUGGUAGAACCAACAUCCGGCCACAGAAACCAUCAUUCUACUUUUCUCGUACCUAUGUACGGUGGUAUUUGGAUCAUGUGUGUCUCGCUUACUGAAGAGGAAAUACGACUACUAGGUCAGGUAGAUUUUCCGCAAGAGAGGUGCAUUAACUACUUGACGCCCGACGAAGCACACGAGGAGAUUCGUGCCGCCUGGCAAAAUCGAAUGCAGAACUUGAGUAUCUCCUGUUCUCUAGUUUGCUUGAUCAUUUUGGGCACAGCGGUUCUCAUUGGAUUUUUUGGACUUUGCAGACACCAAAUAUCAGCGGUCCUUGUUACCGGUGUGAUGUAUCUUUUAGCAGCCACAUUCGCAUUGUUUACCCUGACGAUUAUUCACUUCAAGAGAGCUCAGGAUCGUGGAGCUCGAAUACUGGAUGGCCCUGAGGAUGGUGUAAUUGGUGGACCGGUUUCUCGUAAUGUUCUCAAGGCCAGACGAUUCACCAGCUCCUGGAGCAUGGAUUUUGGAUGGGGUGGUGUUACGCUUUGCGCCCUCGCCUCGGUAGCGUGGAUCUUGCUCAGCAAAAUAAUGCGUUUCAGCCCCAUAGCCGCUAUGAUAGCGUAGCAGUGGGAGGCCUUCGAGGUCUAAGGUCGUUUCCAACAUUUAUGAAAAAGCGUUUUGAUGUCGUCGCCUCUUCAAACAUGUUCCAAAUCUGUGGAGGGAGAUUGCGUUCGUCCAUAAUGGGAAACAGGUCACCGGAAACGAUUGUGUAGUCUAUUUUAUUCUAAUUGGAAAGUGAAUCAGUUUGAUGGGCAGCUCAAUACCAUGUUUUGUAAGCUGUGGAAUUUUCAUUGUGUAAAAUAAUCAAUUUGAAUGAAAUUGUUCACAGUUUCUAAUAUGAGAAAGCUUAGGCUGAAAGUUUAACAUUUGAAAGAUUAAUUAUUUGAAAACAGGGUACGACAUUGAGACAAAUUUUAAGAGUAUUUUUUCCAGAAAUGGUAUCACGGUUGAAAAUGACCACCUCGAAGGCAAUUUGUUUUAUUAACAGGUAAUAUGUAUUGCAUAGUGUUUAUCAAAUUUAUGGAACCUAUGAUGAAUCUGUCUGAAAGCAUGGCAAGCUAUGGAAGGAGUCUAAUUUUUGGGCUAACCUUCUGUUUUAUACAAUUUAUCUAACAAUCUCUAAUCUUUGAAAGAAGAAAAAAAAACAUACAUAGUUGGGUGAAGAACUAUAUGUAGAAGAGGGAUAUAUAAGUUUUAAAAUAAUAUAUCUUUAAAUUUUCAAAACUUUAAAGUUUUGCACAGAUUUAUGUCCCAAUGGAAAUAAUUGAAAAAUCCCCCUUUUCAUAUAGACCUUUACGAUAAAAUAAAUUAUUUGCAGGUACAUGGAUAUAAGAUAAUGUACAGGAGGAAAGUAAGCUUUCUGGACUGAAGAAGUAUUAUUCAAUGAUAAGUAGAACAAAAUACACGUUUACCUCAGUUUUGAUUUGCAGUCAGAUUAGUCAAUUAAUGUACAAGUAAAGAAAAUCUUUACUGAUUCUAAUCUAUCUUUUUUAGACAUAAUUUUAAUAUACUUCUUGUAUAUGAUCUUUUUACAGUUGCAAUAGAUAUAUUUGAGUUUGCGUAACAAUUGAUUUGAAAUAAGAAUAUUUUUAUGCGUUGUAGAAGUUGAGACAAUAUUUGUUGACCUCUGCUUGAAAAUUUUGACACAAAUUGUAAUGUAACAUAGAUGCAUAUAGUAUAAUUCGAUCGCCUUAUAAUUAGAAAGAUAAGCAUGUUUGUAAUAUGCAUAGCAUAGCAGUAAACUUGUUCGAGCCAAUACAAGCAACGAUAUGCGUGUUUGCAAGAAGAAUUUAGCUUUUGCUACGACUUGUUACAGCAAAAAAAAA